AUGGAAAUAGCAAAAAUUGAAAAUAAUUGGAAAAGAAAUGAGCAACACAAAUUGAACUUUUACACAUGCGAUUAUGAACCUAUUUGGGAGAAACCAGAACAAAUGAACUAUGAUUUAUGUAAUAAUCAUUACGGUAAAGGUGCACAAAUAUGGACAAUGCAAAAAACAUUAACAAAUUCAACAAGAUGUGUUCAUAAAAUACAUAUGUUACCGUGUCAUAAAUCAUUAUUAGAAGGUGCACCAUCAAAAAUUUAUAAUAACGAGCGCAUAUCACCGGCAAGUUGUGGUGGCUUAUUUGGUGCACCAAUGCCUUAUGAAUAUAUUACAUCUGAAACAACUAUUCGUGCACCUCAAGUAACAAAUGAAAUGCUUGCAAGGUAUUACAUAAAUCAAACUAUCCUCUCAACUGCUUUACAUGUCAAAUGUCCACGAUGUCUUGUUAAGAGCAGUUGGUAUACGUAA